AUGGUGUACCUCUCCUCCGAACUCGUGUUAGAAAUCCUGAAGUAUGCAGAACCCAAUAUAGCUCCUUUUCUGCGAAUAAACUCCCAAUGGUUUUUCUGUGGGAUUUCCCUUGUAUGGCGACAUGUAUGGUCCGGGGUCCUUCACCGAGUCCCAAAGAACCGAAGACAGAUUUAUACCUCCGAGAUUCGAGGAUUUCGCAUUUAUCCGGAGGCCACCAAGUAUCUGGGAGAACUCAGUCAUCUUCCCUGGCCGAAGUUAGAAAUGCUGUAUAUCGACUUUGGAUACGAUGACAAGCUCGGACAGUCCGUGGCUCUAACAGAUAAUCCGUAUUUGAAAUGCUACAUGCACCGGGGGCUUACCGGUAUUCAUCUCCAAGGAGCAUUUGACCCCGAGUUACUUCGCCUUUCUCAAGUUUCCUGCCCUCGUAUCCAGAGAUUUUCGAUUAGCACAUCGGGCACUCGUAUUACGCCAGAAGUCUUCCUUGAAUAUCUCCAGGAAAGUCCAUCGUUAACAGACAUAUCUAUUAACUCCGAAGAAUUGGUAACUCGUGAGAUACUCAAUCAUCUAGCGGGUCGCGAUGGUCUACAACACCUUUAUCUUGAGGGUAUUAUCGACAUAGACGCCAUCAAAGCUUUGAACAUAUCAUCUCCUUUCAAGACCCUGCAACACCUCACUGUGUCAGCCACGGAAGCAGCACUUCCAUUGCUGGUCGGCGUGAUCGGAUCGGUCCGGAGCGUCCACCUAACCCUAGAUGGGCCACGCGACCCCCUCCGUGACGUGACGUUUGACAGUGUUGCUCUUAAACAUAUUUCCAACUUGGUCGAACUACGGGUCCUGAAUCUGUUCGUCUGGGGUAAUAUGAGGAUCAGGAAUGAGGAUAUGGUAUCCCUCAAAAGUCUGACGCAAUUGAGACGCCUGAGCAUCAGCGGGGCCUGCGCAACUUCUCUUAUAGCGCCGAGACUCCAAGACGCUGAUUUUGAAGAGCUGUUCAGGAACCUCGGCCAACUGGAAUCCCUCAAUUUUGAUGUCUUUCGCUCUGACAUAACCACCGACUCCCUAAAGAGUCUGGGCAGAUGUUGCCCGUCACUUCAACGCUGCGAGAUCAUGGGUAUCUAUGACAUGGCGGCUUUCAGAUAUGAAAAGGCACCCUUGUUUCCGACACUCGUGCUUCUCUCCAUCGGGGCUUUUACUAACCUUGAACGAAUGAUGUCGUCGAGGCGACCAUAUGAACACGUCCGACAAAUUGAGAAACACUUCCCAAAUCUACAGGAACUCGAUUGUACGUUCCGUACAUUUCCCAUUGUGCAGGAUGAAUUCCCCGAAAAGGUCUUGCGUACAUGGUGGAAGAGGCAAGAGGCUAGAAAAACCAAACCAUGA